GUUUGUCUUGUGCUCUCCUGACAGGACCCAGGACCCUGCACCAUGAGUGACAGCCAAUGCGAUGGUCAGUUUUACAGCGUGCAGGUGGCCGACUCCACGUUUUCUGUACUCAGACGCUACCAGCAGCUGAAGCCCAUCGGCUCGGGAGCACAGGGCAUAGUUUGUGCUGCUUUUGACACGGUGCUGGGGAUCAAUGUCGCUGUGAAGAAGCUCAGCCGGCCCUUUCAGAAUCAAACCCAUGCCAAGCGGGCUUACCGGGAACUGGUCCUCUUAAAAUGUGUCAAUCACAAAAAUAUAAUUAGUUUGUUAAAUGUGUUUACACCACAAAAAACCCUAGAAGAAUUUCAAGAUGUGUACUUGGUUAUGGAACUAAUGGAUGCUAACUUAUGUCAGGUCAUCCACAUGGAGUUGGACCAUGAGAGAAUGUCCUACCUGCUUUACCAGACGCUCUGCGGGAUCAAGCAUCUGCACUCAGCUGGCAUCAUCCACAGAGACCUGAAACCCAGCAACAUCGUGGUAAAGUCUGACUGCACGCUCAAGAUCCUGGACUUUGGGCUGGCUCGCACGGCAUGCACCAACUUCAUGAUGACCCCCUAUGUGGUCACACGCUACUACCGGGCCCCCGAGGUCAUCCUGGGCAUGGGCUACAAGGAGAACGUUGAUAUCUGGUCAGUGGGGUGUAUCAUGGGAGAGCUGGUGAAAGGCUGUGUGGUAUUCCAAGGCACUGAUCAUAUUGAUCAGUGGAAUAAAGUUAUUGAGCAGCUAGGCACACCAUCGGCAGAUUUCAUGAAGAAACUCCAGCCCACGGUGAGGAAUUAUGUGGAGAACAGACCAAAGUACCCGGGUAUCAAAUUUGAAGAACUUUUUCCAGACUGGAUUUUCCCAGCCGAGUCAGAGCGAGACAAAAUCAAAACCAGCCAAGCCCGAGAUUUGCUCUCUAAAAUGCUAGUGAUUGACCCCGACAAGCGCAUCUCCGUGGAUGAGGCUCUCCGGCACCCCUAUAUCGCCGUCUGGUACGACCCAGCAGAAGCAGAAGCGCCUCCACCUCAGAUCUAUGAUGCCCAGCUGGAAGAAAGAGAGCAUGCCAUUGAAGAGUGGAAAGAGCUCAUUUACAAAGAAGUGAUGGACUGGGAAGAAAGAAAUAAGAAUGGCGUGGGCAAAGAUCAAACUUCAGAUGCAGCCGUGAGCAGUAACGCCUCUCCGUCCCAGUCGUCAUCCAUCAAUGACCUUUCAUCCAUGUCCACUGAGCAGACGCUGGCCUCAGACACAGACAGCAGCCUGGAUGCGUCCACGGGACACCUGGAAGGUUGUCGAUGAUGGGGGUGGCAAAUCAGAGCAGCCAGCUUGCAAGCAAAGGAGCUGGGGCUUCCAAAGGGCCCCGGGGAGGCCCCAGUGUCUCCCCUUCUCCCUCCCCCCCAAAAAAAAAACACUUCACAUUCUUUGCAUGUAAGAAACUCAACGCCUUGUCCCCACUCUGUUCUAUUAAGAUUGCCUGCUUAGAUUGAGACCAGGCGACAUGGAUCUGUCUGGAUUCGGACUCAGAAGCUUGAGUCCCCUGUACGCAGAAGCGGGAUUGCAAAGUGGUGUCAGACUGGCAAAUAGAAUUCAGGAGUUUUGAAACUCUCCCUCCUGCCCAGCCGUAUCCCCCCAACAGUUGUGAGGUAAAUAGUGGCAAUCCUAGUUUCUCCUUUGAGUGCCUGUUGGGAACACAGGGGAGAUUGCUGUUCCAGUGUCCCAUUACCUAGCUUAGCCCUUCCUUUCUCUUUGCCCUAUGGGGCCAUUUGUAAUCUGGGCCAAAACUAAUAGGCCAAAUUUGGGUGUUCAGUGCCCACCCCUCUUAAUUCCCGGUUUCUGACCUCAACCAACUCCCAAAUUUAUGGUCUGAUUGCUUCUACCUUUCCUGUUUUCAGAAGGAAUGUCAUUAGAUUGUUUGAGCUGAAAAGAAAAAGAUAAAGGGGAAUGGGCCACAUUGGCAGGGUAGGGGGGUGCUGCUGAGAGUUUUCCCUGCUAAAAACAUUGGCACCCUUGAAUCCCAGCCUCUACAGGGGAGAGAAAGGGUCCUCCGGUGCUUUUACUGGAGGGAAUCUCAGGUUUGGUUUUGAGCGCUGCUUGAAAGAUGGUUGCCUGGAAAUUUUGCUCUUCCCCUGGCUAUACUGUUUCUCUGCUCCAGAAUCUCCCCUUUCUUGAGCCAGCUGGGUCCUUCUGCUUGAUAAUCCUGUGGCUGGUGGAUUCCCCCAUUUACCCUGUCCCAGCACCCACACACUGGCUCUGCUAUGACACGAGCCUUGGAUUCAGCCUUCACCAAAGAUGACGCCCAAAUGCUGGCUUGGCUAGGGACUCGGCUGGACGCUUCUGUUCAUCUGCAUUUCCCAGGCUGAGAUCCAUGCGUCCAGCCCCCACCCCCAUACCUAAUGGCUCUACGUUCUUUCUUUUUGUUUGUUUUUAGGGGCCAUGCCCAGCGGUGCUCAGGGCUUCCUCCUGCCUCUCUGCUCAGGGAUCACUCCUGGUGGGGCUCAGGGGACCCUAUAGGGUGCCAGGGAUCUAGUGCCCUAUCCACUGUCCUAUUUCUCUGGCCCCCAUCCAUGUUCUUUUUUUUUUUCCUUGUCAGCCCUCAAGGCCUCUGCCAGUGUUUGGCCCAAAUACCUGCUGGUUUGUUUGCACUUUUCCUCUUCCACCAAAGGGGACUUCUGUAAAAAGUCCUGGGCAAAUUUGGUCAGAACGCCAGCUCUGCAGAAACCACUCUGGCCCACUUCCGGGUGUGAAAUUGACCUGAAACUCACUAAGAUGUGAAAUUGAUCUGAGAACUCUGUCCAGUACCAGUUUAAACUACUUAGCUUCUGGUUUUGUUAGCCCGCAUUGAUCCCCCUAUCCUGAUUACAUGCAUGGGCGUGUGCAUACACACACACAUCUGUGUUUAGUUAUCUUAUGGGUGAGGGGUGGGGGGCGGCCACAUGCUCUGGAUGGUAUUCAGAGGAGGAGCUGGGCAAGUCCAAUAUUUUACCCUCAUUCUAUCUCUGAAUAAGUCUCAUUCUCUCUUUCUCUGGCCCUGCCUGCUACCCAGUUCUGUUUGAAAGGGUGGGUCUGAUUCCUGGGAACUGGACCUGGGUGAAUGAAAAUCUAGAAAUGCUAAAAGCAUGUCUUGCAGUGAGGUUUGCCAGGAGAUGGGUUUUAGCUUCGAUGGAGUCAGGAAACCACAGAGAGGAUCUGUGUUUGAGAGUGGGAGAGUAAAGCCAAUUAAUUUCUCUUGACUUUUGCUGCAAAGAUGGCCAAAUCUCUCUAUAAGGAGAAAAACGAAGCAAGGGAAGAGUUUUUAAAAUGCAUGUGGGGGGUUAGAGAGGUAGACCAGUGGUGAAGGUGCUUGCCUUGCAUACGGCUGACCCAACUUCCAUCUCCCACAUCCCACAAGGUUCCGCAGCCCUGUCAGGAGUGAUCCCUGAGCAGAGUCGAGAAUAAGCCCAGAGCUACUGCCUUGUGUAAUCUCCCUUCUCCCAAAAAUGCAUGUUUGCGCGAAGGGAACUUUGCUCUGGAUUGGGAAUAUUGUAUGUGUCCAGGGUACCCCACCUCUGAGACCACCUCCCAUCACUCCUGGGACUGGCCCAGGCCUAGGGACAACAGAUCCGAAGAAGUCAAGUAUAUAUAGCCCCAAAACUCCCAGCCCAAAUAUGCCAAGGUGCAAGAGGGUUCCACCUCUUCUCAGCGGAUGAAGACUGAUGACAUGACAGGAUGGCAGCAGUGUUUGCCCAUCAUGUCUAUUUCUUUAUUGUCACUUUUGUAAUUUAAAGCGUACCCCCACCUCUCCUCGGUGGGCUCUGGCUCCAGGCACUCAAAAGGGAAGAAAAGGCACUUAUGUACUGGCAGCACAGGCUGAAGAGCCCGCCUGCCGCCUGUAUAUUGGCAGGGGUUCCAGAAGAAAAAGGGACUGUCGGUAUCUGGGGGCUCUGAACCUGCUCAGAGGGGUGGGGCAUCAAGUCAAGAGAAGCCACAGGAAGAAUUCCGGGCCUGGCUGAGCCCUAGCGUUUGGUCGGAGAAGCAGAACCCACUUAGUCUGGGCGUCGUGUGUGCGCUUGUGCUGUGUAUUGAUUUCCAAUGUGAUUCCCCAGCUGUCUCGUGCUGGUCGUAUUUAUCCAGGUGUGACUGUUCAGACUGCCUCUCUUCCAAGUAACAUGGCUUCACGUUUUGUAAUCCACUCCGUGGUUAUGUGUUCCAAUUGGUGACAAUAAUACAGAUGCAUUUUAAAAAACAGAA